UUUUAUCGACGCUCUCGGGAAAUCAGUGCGCAGUCCGUCGCAACGAUGUCGGCGAAGCUGAAGGCGAUGUUCAAGAAGCAGAUUUCCCCGUCCAUGGGACCGGCGCUGGGCCAGCUCGAGAGGCACGACGAGAGCGCCGACGGGAGGAUUCGAACGCAGGAGCUCAGGAGGAGCGCGAGCGAGAAUGCUGCCGGCGGCGAGAUCCUCACGCUCAGGAGGAGCAACGGUUACAGGAGACGUCAGAGAAGCUCGUUGGGGGUGCUCGAGGACAUGAUACUAUGCCCGAUAUGCAAGAAGAAGCUGCAGUCGCCGAAGAUGCUGGAUUGCCAGCACACGUUCUGCAGAAAGUGUCUCGAAAUCAAGUUGGAGGAGUCGUCGAUAAGCGACGACUCGGAAAAAAUUCUGAGCUGCCCCGUCUGCAGUUCGACGACGAGGCUGAGCACGUCCCCGGAAAAGCUGCCGACGAAUCUGAGCGUCGAGCGGGUCCUGCGGGCUGUCGAGAACGGCUCGUUCGUCGCUCGAGUUCCGGACAAAGCCAACAGUCUCGUGGUCAACUUCGCGCCUCUAAUCGGCAGAAAGAGGGAAGAGGAGAAGGCCAAGUGCGCCAAGUGCCUGACCGGCUGCGAGCUAUCCGCCGACAGGUGCCGGCAUUGCGACCUGGUUUUCUGUAACGUCUGUCAGACCCAACACGUCGCUCAGCUGAAGGACCAGCUCAAAACAAUAAUCGACCAGCUGCAGAGCAGCAUCAACAAACUCGAGCAUCGGGUCGUCGAAUUCAAGGACAAAACGGAGAGCAUGAAAGACGCCAUCGGUAAGGAGUACGAGGCCAAGUUGGCCGCGCUAACGGAGGAGAAGAACAGCAAGCUCGCGUCGGUGGAGGAGCUGUGGGCGAAGGCCGAGGACUCGGCGAGGGUCUUGAAGAAGCUCAUGCAGAACUCGCAGGCCGAGCUAGCCAGGCAAAAGGACGUCGGCUUCGAUGUCAUCGCCGACAACGGCGAGAAGGUGAGCACCUUCCUGUAUCUGCACAAGAAAGCCACGGAGACGAUAUCGAAAGGCUUGGCGUGGCAGUCGACGCUGCCCGACGGUGUCGAGGUGAGGCUGCGCGACAAGGACAGCCGAGCUGCAGCCGGCAGACCGAAGCUGCUGAACUUGCGAAACGCGGACUUGCAGCGCCCGUCGGGUCUGGCGAUCGACUCCCGCAGGGGCGACAUCUACGUGGCCUGUCCGGGCAGCAGUCAAGUCGUCGUGCUGGACCGGCUUUAUCGACUCGUUCGCAGAAUCCAGAACCAGGGCAUGAUGGCACCGCAGGGCGUCACCUUCGUCGAGAGUCGGCAAGAGCUUUUCGUCACAGACAAAUGGAAGCACAGGAUAUUCGUGUACAACCGCAAGGGCCAGCUGAUCCGCAACAUCGGCAGCGAGAAGGGCUCCGGCGAGCUGCGGUUCCACUCGCCCUGGGGCAUCGCCUGUCUUCAGUCUCGCGACUGGCUCUACGUCGCGGACAUGCGCAACGACCGCAUCCAGAUCCUCGGGGCCGACGGCACCUACAAGGGCACCAUAGCUCCGAGCAGGAGGUUGUCGGGCUCGGAGCUGGUCGGCAGGAGGAUACCCGCGAUACUCGGAGUGCACGAGUUUAACGAGCCCACGGAUGUCGCGGUUUCCGACGCCGCUAUAGUCGUCGCCGACUCCGGCAAUCAUAAGAUCAAGGUUUUCAGCCACAGGGGACAACUGAUGUUCACGAUCGGCGGCUUCGGAAUAUUCAGAGGCCUGCUAAAGUCGCCGGAAGUGGUGGAGCUCGACGCGCAGGGCAACAUCUUCGUGGGCGACUCGGAUAACAAACGCGUCCAGGUCUUCACGUCCCAGGGCGAGUUUCUGCGCGUCCUCGGCAGCCAAGGCUCCAACGUCCCUCACUUCGGCUGGAUAUCCGGCCUGCUGUGUUUGCCGAGCUCCGGCGACCUUCUCGUAGCCGACAGCGUCAACAACGCGCUCCAGUUGUUCUGAGAUCGCGACUAUAGUGCAGGUCGAUUUUGCAAGUUGGACGGUGGAAACCACUUCUCGAGCUGAAAACGAAACUCCCACGCGGCGAAAACGCAGCAAGGCGGUGCCUUGAAAAAUCGGCAAAGAAGAGCGGAGUGUGUCGAGUAUACUUGUACUCGGCUGCGUGCGACAGAUCCACUUUCGAGAGGGUCCUCGCCGGGCGAUUAUUUAUCUCAAUUUGUCACGAGCGCGUCCGGGCUUCGAGUGGUGGGGGACAUGCGGUGGGUUCAUUGAUUUAUAUCCGAUGCCUCGAGUGUUGCUCGUCGAGGGAUGUGGUUUGUUUGUUUUCCAUGCGAAUUUGUCGAGCUUUUGAGUUUUGAUUCGUGGGAAAUCUGUAUUUAUCUUUUUCUUUUUUUCAUUUAAUAAAAUAAAACACUUGUCAUAGUGUAAAACACUGCGGA